AUGCCUCCUCGAAGCUCACUGACCAGCUCUUUCUCGGUAACCGAUGCCAAUAACGAGGUGGUCUGUCCCUUGAAGAAUAACGAUGGUUCCAAUUGUCGCAAAAGAUGCCUGGGUGAAAAACGCUAUCGCUCCAUGCAGGAGCACAUUCGACGUGCGCAUCCGAACCACUAUAUCCCGAAGCUCCCGGCUACCGAAGAGAGCUUCCUGAUGAUGGUGAACACCCCGCUCGAGCAACGGGUGCAGCUGUCACCUCCCGAACCUGCUCAACCUCGGCGACCUCAUGAUGUGGCGCCGGAAAGGGACGUCUAUGUCGCUGACGGCUCCCCGGCUACCCCUCGAGCUCUGGAUGAACCCCACCCAGCUGCAGCCACUGCGGCGGUUGCUCUAGCACAGCUGCACCAUCAUCGACUGGCCUCAGAUUGGGACACAGACAUGCAGGAAUCUCUUCCACCGUUUACGCCUCGUCCCCGCGAGCUUCUUCCGUCCAUCCUCAAUCACUCCCCGCCCGGUCGCUCAUCCACAUUACCGCCAAUCCAGCGAAGAGAUAAAUUUUGCCGCCCACGCAAAUCUUCUAUUACUCAAUCUGCCCGGAAACCCAAACAGGAUCGUCCCAAGUCAAAGGAAUUUGGACGGCGACCAAGUCUCACUGACCGCAAAGCCCUUUCAGCAGAGCCGCAAACCGCGGCCUGGGCGCAAGGCAAGCGUUGGGAAGAUCUGAUCGAAGCUGCAACGUCGGCAACCGAAGUAGACGAUGAACAAUAUUCAGAGGCUGGUCGAUCUCCAACGAUUGCCCCACUACUUUCCAACGUGACGUCUGCUCCCUCUGGGGUGAAAAAUCGGUCGUCGCUACCACCCGCUUUCCAGUCUGGAGGACUACCUCCUAUCUCUUCACAUCGGCCCUUCCCACCGCAUUCCUAUGCCGCCUCGCCUUUGCACAAAUCAUUAACCCCACCACCAUACGCGAACAACCGCAGCCGUGAGAGCGACCUGGAACCCUUCCCGUCUAUUGAAUCAUCGCUCGAUUCUAUGUCUUCAGCAUCCGGAAGAAAUUUUGCAUCAUCAAUUUCGGGAGUUGCGCCGUCCGUAAACUCCGAUUCCAGCCCGGUUAUGAAUCUUAUCCCGCCCAUCUCCCAGCGCCAACAACAUAGAUUCUCGAAUCCUACUCCAGCAUCUUUCCACAACAAAGAGGUUCAGGUGUUUUGCGCUAAUUGCAAACGACCCUCGCCACUGAAUGACUGCUAUGCCUGUACCGAGUGCAUCUGCGGAGUCUGCCGCGAUUGCGUGGGCAUGUUCAUUUCUAGCCCGCCUGCUUCAUUCCGCACUCCAGGGAAUGGCAUAUUAAAUAAUGCCCCGUCACAAGGACCGACAAGUUAUCCCGGACCUCGUGGGUGUCCAAGAUGCCGAACGGUGGGAGGCAAAUGGAAGGCGUUCCAACUCGACAUCAAGUGA